UCCAUCAAAAAAAAACUUGUGCGUCGUGUUAUGUCAGACGUCAUUUCGCUAAUCGCUUAUCAGUCAUCGCUGUCAGCCUAGUCAAAGUUAAGUUGUUUUUGCCAGUGUUUAUUGCAAAUUUUUGUUAUUGUAAAUAUUAACUAAAAUUACCUUUCCGGAUACUAGACAGUUAGAAAUUUAGCUAAAGAAAAGUUUUGGCGAGUUCACCUAUAAAAAAUUGUAUCUUCUCAGCUUCUAACAAACUAAAGAUUUGUCAUGGCAAGUGAAAGUAGUUCUGCAGUGUUGGAGUUGAAUGAUGCUGACGGAACUGAUACGGAGGUGGGCAGUGUGACAGACGACAGGGAGGGAACCCCGCUGAUAAUGGAGACAGGCAUGGACAUAGCUGUUAAGGUCGAUGCUCCGAUGAAGCAGCUGUCCACGAUGGAGACAUUUGUGACGUACCGCGUGAGAUGCGUGUGCGGAAGAUGGCCGUGCCCGCCCUACACGAGGAGGAGGUUCAAUCACUUCAAAUUGCUCCACAAGCGGCUGAGCUCGUCAUACCCCCUGGUGGCGGUGCCCCCCCUGCCGCCGCUGCACUCGGCUCGCCAGCAGCUCGACAGAUAUUCGCCGUCAUUUGUAGCCAUUAGGACGCUGGCGUUGGACACCUUCUUACAGAGGAUAUCAAAGCAUCCGAUAUUGACCCACGACGAGGAUCUUAGGUUGUUCCUGACCACCCCUGACGAUGAACUGGAUAAGGUGUUCAAGAGUGACAGUAGCGCGAUGAAUCUGUGGGGUUUGAGUCUCUACAGUGACAAACAGGCGACCAACGGUGCCAGAGUUCGUGACCCGGAGUUCGUCGCUGCAGCGGAAUACAUGCAGUCCUUGCAGCAGAAACUGACCACCCUGUGCUCCAUUACCGAGAAGCUGUACUCUGGCGGCACCAAGCUGAGCUCUGAAUAUAGCAGCAUGCGACGCGCGUGUGACGCGUGGUCGAGCGGAGUGGGCGGCGCAGCAGCACGCGCGGCGGGGGCGCUGGCUGCCGGCUGCGGGCGGGCGGCAGCGGCCCGCGCGGGGGCCCCGCUGCGAUACCGCGCCACGCUGCCGCUGCUGGCCGACUACGCGCGGGCACACCUCGACAAGAUCCGCGCGAGGGACGCGCUGCACGCGGCUCACGUGGCGGGCAACAGUUCCGAUGACCUACACAACAAAUUAGAGCAAGCAUCGGAGGCGUUGCGUUCAGAACUCGGCGACUGGAUUCCCAAGACCCGGGCGGAAAUCAAGUCCAUACUCCUGGAUCUGGCUGACAAGCAAGUGGCCAUCCACUCACAGUCACUGCUCGGCUGGGAGUACGCCCUGAAACUCUCCACCGAAGCUGACGUCACACAAAUGUUUAAAACAGUGUCCAAAACUGCAGUGCAGAACUUAUCCCCUUCAAAGUGCCAAUCCUUCGAUGUUGAAACCGACAGUGAUGAUGAUAAAACAAGUGGCAGGUACUCACUCGGUGAUGAACGAAUAAAAAGUGAACUGAACGGUGAUAGAGUCAGUACUUGUGAUGAUACCAGUGGUGAUAAGACUGGUGUCAGUGAUAAAGUGAUCGAUACGGUGGAAUCGGUGUUUGAGAAGACCUCGGUGACGGAUGACAGUGAGUGUGUCAAGAUAUCUGAUCCGCUGCAGGACUUUUCUGAUGUGGAAUUAUCAUGAUUGUGUGAUUCGGUCUUCUGUGAUGUCCUCAAGAAGAUGACCAAAUGACUGCAAAAUAAUAAUUUGACUGUUGUAAAUUUGUAAUGGUUAUCUUAAUUGUAAUAUUUAUUCAAACGUUAGAUAAUUUAUACAUCUAAAUAGAGCCUCUUGCUGCUAGUCCACCGAUAAAAACAGGCCAGGUUUAUAACUUAAGUGUGCGUGACAAGCUUCGUGCUACACUCGCGAUUUGUAUGUCACUUUGUGUGAGUGUGCGUGCAUUGCUCAAAAUAGAGGUUAACUGUCAACCUCAUAAUUUUUUUUGAGGUUUUCACAGAUGUAACAGUCUGUCAAGAUGUAUUUAUGAUUCAAUCAAUAAUAUUUGAACAGUAAUAUAUAAUGUUAUUUAGAAGCAGUUUUUGAAAUUUAAAAUGUUUAAAUGUGAUAGACUUAUUAAGAAAUCAUUAACCGGAGUGUACUUAUAAGAUGUAAAAAUGUGCGUAACUAUAUUAUCAAAAGUCAUAAUAUCAUAUAUUGUUAUACAUUUUCUCCAUAGAAAAACACCAAACAAUACUUUUAUGCAAAUUAUGCAGUAUUUUACUACAAGCUUAUCUAUACAUGAGAUACUACCACCACCUACAUACGACAACACAACGCGUAGAGAUUUGAAAUUUGGUAGAAAUAUUCCUUUCGCGGUUUCGAGUCACGCAUCGUUCAUAAAUUUUGGUUACAAAUUUAAUUUGAUAAUGCUGACUUGAUCUUUAUUUAAAUGAGGCUUAUGUGGGUUCAAGUCGUCGGUGAGUGGCAGCUCACGAUACUCAAAAUAAAUAAAAAAAAAAUAAAAAACUAAAAAUUUGCAAAAUAGCAUUUUAUUAUUUAUUAUAGCUGUAUUCAUUUUGUAGUGUAAGAUAUUCUACUAUAUUUAACACGAGAAGUGUUUCGUUGAGCUGAUUAGUUUUAUUCCACUAUCAUUCUACACCACAAACUUUAAUAUCAUAUUCUUUUUGGGUUAAAAACGCAUUGAUUUCAUCAAAAUUGAUAUCUUUGGAAUUAUUUUGCAUAAGCACGACCACCACUCCGGAAAGUAAUGUCAAUAAGAUCUUUCUUUAAGACUCACUGUAAGCACAUAAUAUAUAUAUAUAAGCUAAAGCUGUAUCAAAAGUUACGCUUAAACAGACGAAGGCCUCGCGCGACUCACAGUACUGCGAUGUCCGCUUUUACGUUGUUUCCUUACUGUUUUAUCUUAUCUUUAUGGGAAAUUAGAAUAGUAUCUUUUCACAAAUCAUUGAUUUUUCAAAUCUAUACGCUGGUAAUUAUUAUACAGCAGUUUAACACUGAAGAAUAAUUAUUUAACCUCGAGGAAGACAUUAAUGAAUCUUACGCCAUCUCCUCUCCUCGCGUCACACUUCACACCGCUAAACUAUCGCCUCCUCUCUGACACCCGCUGCUCACUUAACUUUACUCAUUACAAUAUACUGUGUUCUAAAGCCACUUAAGCAAUUCGUAUGACCUUUGGAGUACACACUCUAGAUUAUUUAUAAAUGUUUACACAUUUGCUUAUCAUAAUUUGUAUAAAAAGUUUUAUAUAAGUUAUAAAUAGAUAUAUAAUGCAGGCUGCCAAAUUAUUUUAGUAUUCUGUAAAAUAAGACAGUACCGUUGUUAGAAUAUUUUAUAACAUUUGCUCAAAAAGUUUUCCUUGCAUGUUUAGAGUGCGAAAAGGAUGUCAUUUCUUCACAAGUUACGGUUUGGUAACGUCGUCCCUUCGCUUCGUGUGUGCUGUACAGUGAGAAUCCAGGUCCAACUGCAUCUGAAGAGGAUUAAUAAAUAAAAGGCACCAGAACCCUCUAAGGUGAAGACAUCUUCCAGAGACUACUUCUUACCUGGGCCACACACAGCUAGGCCAGUCUAUUUCCACGAUAUGUCCGCCCAGAUUGUUAUUGGCCGACCAUUCCUCUUACCCAUUGGGCCGUUCCAUUUGGUUGCUUUGUGUUACCACCUUUUGGUCUGGAGCCUGGCUAUGUGGCUAGUCCGGACUUCACUGAGCGCGUAAAUGACUUAAGAGUAUUAUUGUAUAACAUUACUCACUCAUUAACAUAGAACAGAAAACUUAGAGGUAGGUAAUUUGUCCAAGGAUUAAACUGUUUUUUAUCGGUUUUCUUUCGUUGUUUAAUUUUUUUCGCAAAUGUGUAUCAAAAUGUACUAUUUGAACACACUUGCCUGUAACUUGCGUCUACAUUUCUCUUGAGUAUUACAUAUCUCUUGCGCUCAAAAAAAAUAUGAUGGCUCGCGAGCUUCUUUUGAAAGUAGGACGAAAUCAAGCAGGGGGAAACGUUUCAGCUCUUGUAAGGAUGGACGUAACGCGGCGUAAACUCAGAUUUUAUUAAUCGAGCAAAAAAACUAUUGGUAUACAGGAAAGAAUAAAUCAGCAAAGUAGGUCGAAUAGAAAAGGAAAGCGGUGAGGUUGUGGCCAUCAGAUUCCGGACUCUUGGUGAACAUGUUUGACAGAAUACUGAGAUGUGGGGGGAUUGAACGUCCUGCUCGUCUCGUAUCUUUGUCAUAAAAAAAACUAUCCCGGACUCAAAAUGCAAAAGUCUAUAGGGAGAUCAGUGGGAGACUUCUUAGCAUACAGGCUAAAAGGGUACCAUCAUGGUAACUUUUUCUGCCGUAGUGUGCAGGCACUAAGUGCUCUUUUUCUUACAGGAAAUGGUUUUCCGUGUGGCCAAGAGCGUUCGUAGUACACGCUGCGACGGGUGACGGGAAAAGGGCCCUAAUAUAUUUCGGAUUGAAAGGCGCCAUAUCUAGUGAGACUCAUGUCUCUAAGUGAAUCUUGGGUUUCUCAAUACUCCUGCGGCACUACAGUGGGCAUUUCACUUACCACCAGGUCGUUAGGGAUCAAUCGGUUUAUUCACUUGUUGCCAUAAUCACCUUGUUAACUAGCUCAUCGUGGGAUGAUUGUCGCGUAAAUAUGAAGGGUGUAUAAUAACUUAUAAAUUAUUUAUUUAUUUAGCGUUCCAUCAUAUCACUAGAUGUAGCAAUAACCAUGUAUUGUAUAUAAUGUGUCUGUAAAUAAAAUUUUUAAUGUUUUAA